AUGUCAUCCUCCGCCAACAAGACCUCGCCCACGCCUGCCCAAAAGAAAGCCAAACACGAACACAGCUCAUCAGAAGAAGUAUCCCGGGCACUCAACCAAACGUCCUUGUCCACACCGUCGACCGGUCCCCCGCCCACCACCUCCAACACAACCACCAUGUCCGACACCGAGAUCGACCUCUUCCCCUCCUCAACCACCGAUAACAACACAGCCAGCGGCCCGCAAACACCACCUCACAAUGCUCUCAACGCCGCCGCACCAGGCGAGCUGUCCCCUCCGCGCUCCCAACACAACAAUACUGCUGCACACACUACAAACGGCACUACCUCCCUGAACCCAACCACACAGCCGAAUACCUCGAGCAUGCUCUCCAACGGUCCCACGGGUCUAGGCUCCUCAUUCGGCGGCAUCGGGAGCGGUAUGAACAACAAUACCAACGCAGGCGACCUAAUGAGCAUGUCCAAUGUGGUCGAACAGCAACCAGGUGGCGAGACGAAUGGCAAUGGCAAUGGGCCAGGGGAGUGGAAGAGCAAGAAGGCGCAGGACGAGAUGCAGCGGGCGUGGGAGAUGGUUGCGGACAAAGACUGGAGUGCACGGGAGUUUGGGGAUGUGGUGCUGCGGGGACGGGCCGCGAGGAGUCAACAGCAGGGAACUUGA